AUGGGUUCCUCCGCAGCGGGGAAAAGAGGAUGGCGACCUCGUCGAUGCCGGAGCCGGAGAGGAAGGCGGCAACGAAAGCUUCAGAGUGAAAGCCCUAAACACUGCGCCCCGCUGUCAGGCGGCCCCCUGAACCGAUGGAGGAGAACGAGGUGGAGAGCAGUAGCGACGCCGCCCCUCGUCCUGGGCGGCCCGAGGAACCUUCGGAGAGCGGCCUGUGCGUGUGCACUUCAGAAGCCGUGUCUGCCGAUAGCAGCGACGCCGCGUCCGUCCCAGGACCCGGGGAGGCCGACGACUCUGGCGUGGGGCAAAGCUCAGACCGCGGUGGCCGCUCUCUGGAAGAGGUGUCUGAGAGCAGCUCAAGCACCGACCCUCUGCCUCAUGGCUACCUCCCUGAUUCGUCUUCCGUGUCCCGUGGGCCUGUGGCAGGGGUGCCAGGCGGGCCCCCAGCACUGGUGCACUCCAGCGCUCUCCCCGACCCCAGCAUGCUGGUGUCUGACUGCGCAGCCUCCUCCUCAGACCUGGGCUCUGCCAUUGACAAGAUCAUCGAGUCCACCAUCGGGCCCGACCUCAUCCAGAGCUGCAUCACCGUGACCAGUGCUGAAGAUGCUGGGGCUGAGGCCACUCGCUAUCUGAUCCUGCAGGGCCCAGAUGAUGGCGCCCCCAUGACAUCACCAAUGUCCAGUUCCACCCUGGCCCGCAGCCUGGCCGCCAUCGAGGCCCUUUCAGAUGGCCCCACGUCCACAUCCACAUGCCUGGAGCCACCGGAGGAGGUGCAGGGUGGGGCCAGCUCCCUGGCCCAGCUGCCCCCAGCCUCUGGCACUGAGGAGCUGGACCUCCAGAGCCUGGAGGCCAUGAUGGAGGUGGUGGUGGUGCAGCAGUUCAAGUGCAGGAUGUGCCAGUACCGCAGCGGCACCAAGGCCACGCUGCUGCGGCACAUGCGGGAACGGCACUUCCGUCCAGCAGCAGCCGCAGCAGCAGCCGGUAAGAAGGGACGUCUCCGGAAAUGCGGCCCAUCGACCAAGAGCCAGGAGGAGGAGGGGCCCGAGGAGGAGGAGGAGGAUGACAUUGUAGAUGCCGGUGCCAUUGAUGACCUGGAGGAGGACAGCGACUACAAUCCAGCUGAGGAUGAGCCCCGAGGCCGGCAGCUUCGGCUCCAGCGUCCCACACCCAGUUCCCCAAGACCACGACGGAGACCUGGCCGGCCCCGGAAGCUGCCUCGUCUGGAGACCUCAGACCUGUCUGCUGCAGGUGGGGGAGAUCCUCUAGUGAGCUCGCAGAGCACCAAGAGCCCUCUGGGGCCACCAGAUCCUGAGGCUCCCAGCUCCUCAGGCCCCGGACACCUGGAGGCCCUGGGCAAGGCCGGCAAGGUCACCAUGGAGCCUGGUGUGAGCCAGUCAGACACAGAGAUUGCAGCCCCAUCCUGCCAGGAGGAGCCCGAUGCCCCACCGCGCCGCCGUGGUCGACCUUCACGGCGAUUUCUGGGCAAGAAAUACCGAAAGUAUUAUUACAAGUCGCCCAAACCGCUUCUGCGGCCCUAUCUGUGCCGCAUUUGUGGCUCACGCUUCCUGUCCCAUGAGGACCUGCGCUUCCACGUCAACUCCCACGAGGCUGGUGACCCCCAGCUCUUCAAGUGCCUGCAGUGCAGCUACCGCUCCCGCCGCUGGUCCUCACUCAAGGAGCACAUGUUCAACCACGUGGGCAGCAAGCCCUACAAGUGUGACGAGUGUAGCUACACCAGUGUCUAUCGCAAGGACGUCAUUCGGCAUGCAGCUGUUCACAGCCGAGACAGGAAGAAGAGGCCAGACCCGACCCCAAAACUGAGCUCUUUCCCCUGCCCUGUGUGCGGCCGCGUGUACCCCAUGCAGAAGAGACUGACACAGCACAUGAAGACGCAUAGCACUGAGAAGCCCCACAUGUGUGACAAGUGUGGAAAGUCCUUUAAGAAGCGCUACACCUUCAAAAUGCACCUGCUCACACACAUCCAGGCUGUCGCCAACCGCAGGUUUAAGUGUGAGUUCUGUGAGUUCGUCUGUGAGGACAAGAAGGCACUGCUGAACCACCAGCUCUCCCACGUCAGCGACAAGCCCUUCAGAUGCAGCUUUUGUCCUUACCGUACCUUCCGGGAGGACUUCCUGCUGUCCCACGUGGCUGUCAAGCACACAGGAGCCAAGCCCUUUGCCUGUGAGUACUGCCACUUCAGCACGCGCCACAAGAAGAACCUGCGCCUGCACGUGCGCUGCCGUCACGCGAGCAGCUUCGAGGAGUGGGGGCGGCGCCACCCCGAGGAGCCCCCCUCCCGCCGCCGCCCCUUCUUCUCCCUGCAACAGAUUGAGGAACUGAAGCAGCAGCACAGCGCAGCCCCUGGGCCACCCCCCGGCUCCCCGGGGCCUCCUGAGAUCCCCGCAGAGGCAGCACCUUUCCAGGUGCCUGAGACUCCCCCGCUUCUCUGUUCUGACACUCUGGGCAGUGCCACCAUCAUCUACCAGCAAGGAGCUGAGGAGUCCACUGCAAUGGCCACCCAGACGGCUCUGGAUCUGCUGCUGAACAUGAGUGCCCAGCGGGAGCUGGGGGGCACAGCCCUGCAGGUGGCCGUGGUGAAGUCAGAGGACGUGGAAGCAGGGUUAGCGUCUUCUGGUGGGCAGCCCUCCCCCGAAGACACCACUCCACAGGUGGUCACCCUCCAUGUGGCAGAGCCUGGGGGCAGUGUGGCUGCUGAGAGCCAGCUAGGCACUCCUGAUCUACAGCAGAUCACCUUGGCACCUGGUCCAUUUGGUGGAGCUGGCUACAGUGUCAUCACAGCACCCACCAUGGAGGAGGGGACAUCGGCUCCUGGCACACCUUACAGUGAAGAGCCCCCAGGGGAGGCAGCCCAGGCUGUGGUUGUAAGUGACACCCUCAAAGAAGCUGGCACCCACUACAUCAUGGCUGCUGAUGGGACCCAGUUGCACCACAUCGAGUUGACUGCAGAUGGCUCCAUCUCCUUCCCCAGCUCAGAUGCCCUGGCCUCUGGAGCCAAGUGGCCCCUUCUGCAAUGUGGGGGGCUGCCCAGAGAUGGUUCCGAGCCACCGUCUCCAGCCAAGACCCUCCGGGUAGGGGACUCCCAGCAUUCUGCCUCCCCACCUCCUGCAGCCAGCAAAACCCUGGGCCUGGCAGUGCCCCCUUCCCCACCAUCUGCAGCCACUGCAGCAUCAAAAAAGUUUUCCUGCAAGAUUUGUGCUGAGGCCUUCCCUGGCCGAGCUGAGAUGGAGAGUCACAAACGGGCCCAUGCUGGGCCUGGCACCUUCAAGUGCCCUGACUGCCCCUUCAGUGCCCGCCAGUGGCCCGAGGUCCGGGCCCACAUGGCACAGCACUCAAGCUUGCGGCCCCACCAGUGCAGCCAGUGCAGCUUCGCCUCGAAGAACAAGAAGGACCUGAGGCGGCACAUGCUGACCCACACCAAUGAGAAGCCCUUCUCGUGCCAUCUCUGCGGGCAGCGUUUCAACCGUAACGGGCACCUCAAGUUCCACAUCCAGCGGCUGCACAGUCCUGACGGGAGGAAGUCUGGCACCCCGACAGUCCGCACCCCAGCACGGACCCCCACCCAGACCAUCAUCCUGAAUAGUGACGACGAGACACUGGCCACGCUGCAUACUGCCCUCCAGUCCAGUCACGGGGUCCUGGGCCCAGAGAGGCUACAGCAGGCCCUGGGCCAGGAACACAUUAUUGUGGCCCAGGAACAGACGGUGACCAAUCAGGAGGAAGCCACCUACAUCCAAGAGAUCACCACAGCCGAUGGUCAGACGGUACAGCACCUGGUGACCUCGGACAACCAGGUACAGUAUAUCAUCUCUCAGGAUGGUGUCCAGCACCUGCUGCCCCAGGAAUAUGUUGUGGUCCCUGAUGGCCACCACAUCCAGGUACAGGAGGGCCAGAUCACACACAUCCAGUAUGAACAAGGAGCCCCGUUCCUCCAGGAGUCCCAGAUCCAGUAUGUGCCCGUAUCCCCAGGCCAGCAGCUGGUCACACAGGCUCAGCUUGAGGCUGCAGCCCACUCUGCCGUCACAGCGGUGGCUGAUGCUGCCAUGGCCCAAGCCCAGGGCCUGUUUGGCACAGAGGAGGCAGUGCCCGAACACGUACAACAGCUGCAGCAUCAGGGCAUCGAGUACGACGUCAUCACCCUGGCCGAUGACUGAGCCCAAGGGCCCAACGCAGAUCAUGGAUAUCGGGGCCAGCUCUCCUGGGGUGGGGGCAUACACCUCCCUGUCCCACGUAGGUCUCCAGAUACUGGGCAGCCAGCAUCCUGUCACCCCCAGAAAGCCAGACCUGUGUUCAGGGGGUUGGGAGGCAGCCGUGGACCCCAGCCAGGACAUGCUGGGUGCCCAGCCUGCAGGCAGGCUUUGGGAAAGAAAUUUUAUUUUUGUUUGGAUGGACCCACUGGUCCCUCAGUCUCAAUAAAGGGACCAGAGUCCAGCCCUG